GGCUCCCGUUCUCCCACUCUCGCCGUCUCUCCUCUCCUCUCUCUCUCUCUCUCUCGGGCGCACGCCGCCGGCGCCGCCGCCGCAGCAGCAGCGAUGGGCCUCUUCGACACUCUCUACCGCGUGGUUAUGCGCCGCAACGCCGUCUACGUCACAUUCGUCGUCGCCGGCGCCUUCGCUGGCGAGCGGGCGGUCGAUUACGGUGUCCACAAGCUCUGGGAGAUGAACAACAUCGGGAAAAGGUAUGAAGAUAUAUCAGUUUUGGGGCAAAGACCAACUGAAGAAUGAGAACAUUGGAGCUUAGAUUUCCCAGGAUCUAGCUUUACGUGAAAUGAGACACCAUUUUAAGCUUUGGUUUAUCAUUACCUUUUGACACAAUAAACAAUGUAAAACUCCUAACUUCGUUUCUGAGAGUUGCAAUUCAUUUACUCGAACAUGCUUAUAUGAAUUUGGUGGUGCAUGGCUUAAAACCUGUUAUCCAACCAGGGAUUGAUAUGUGUGGUCCCUCCAGAAUCAGCUUAAAACUGUCAAAAACCUGUUAUCCCAAUGAGAAAUGGUUUGUUAUCUA